AGUAUCAAAGCCAUCGAGAGCACGGUGAAGGAAGACGACACGCAGUGGCUCACCUACUGGGUGGUGUACGGACUCUUCAGCAUAGUCGAGGCCUUCUCCGACAUCUUCCUCUUCUGGUUCCCCUUUUACUACGCCGGCAAGUGCGCCUUCCUCAUCUGGUGCAUGGCUCCCGUCACGUGGAACGGCUCCGACGUCCUGUACAAGCGCCUCAUCCGGCCCUUCUUCCUGAAACACCAGGCCGCCAUGGACGGCGUGGUGAGCGACCUGAGCGCCAAGGCCAAAAGCGUGUCGGAGAGCGUCACGCAGGAGGGUGAGAUACCCACAGUCUACAUGCAAGUACCAGCACAUUUUAUCUCGACGGCAUGCCGAUGCAGCGGCCGCCUUCUCGCCCGCAUGCCCUCACCCGGCAAGCAUCAGCUACUCACACGCCACAUUCACGCUUCGCAAUACGUGUAAGUAGGUGCGGAUGUACUUCUGGGUGGGAGAGACUCAGACUGAGUCAUUUGGCAAAAUGGCUAGCGUGGUAGCUAACGUCAGCGCUGAAGCAGCUUUCCCGGCUGCGCCAUUCAUCUGAGACUGUCAAACUACGGCGGUAGAGAAGACGACAUUCAAGACGUUCAGCAUUCGCGACCACUUGCCGGUUUUCUCGGUCACCUUGCUUCGGUUUCAUGGCGUGAAAGGAGUUUGUUUCAUCAGCGGUGACGUUAGAGAUUUUGCCACCCAGAAGUACAGGUUGUCCAUGAUACAGUGGUACGUCGGAGUUUGCGGUGCGGCAAGUCCAAAACCGCGCAGGCUUGUCGUUUCCUGUUACAUGGCGGGUCCUCAGACUCCACUCGCACGCAAUGGCAAAACUCUUAACGUUCGUUACGGUAGCUUGCCAGCUGUCUAA